GUUUGGAAACAGUAACACAGAUGAAAUUAUGAACCCAAGUCACGCAGCUUGGAAGCUGGGCUCCUAACCACUGGACAUCAAUCUUUCCACUGCCACUUGGUCUGUUGUAUGAAAACACUCAUGUAUCCAUCUGUUCUUCCUAACACAUUGCUUGUUUUUGCAGAUAUGCUUCAAUAGUGGUCUCAGAAGGUUUGGGGGUGGUUGCAUUAUCUGGCUUAGUUCCUGCCGUGAGCCUGGGAGUGUGUAGUUGUACCAUCCUCCAGCCCAGACCCUUACAGAUGAGAAAAUUAAGGCUCAGAGGAGAGUCACUUUCUGAAAGCUGGACAGCUCCAGUGUGGGCUGUGAUCUGGAGUUCCCCAAAUUCCAGAGCCCAGAGGCUCUCUCUUACCUCACAGGAGCCCUCAGUCCUCACUGGCUUCUCCUCUCAGCUCAGUCCCUGGCUGCCUGGCCUUUCUCCCCUGGAACACCCUCCCCACACCUGGCCUUUGGUUUUCCAUCCUCUCCACGCUCCACUGUUCUCUUUCCAGAGAAGGGGCCCAACCGGAAGGCCAGUUCAUAUUAGGAAAUUCUAGCCACGUGAGCAGCCCUAAGCCAGGGAUUCUGGGCAGCUGGUGGCUUUAGGAGAAACUGAAACUUGGUUCUCUGGGGGCGGGCGGAAUGGUGACUGGGGAUUAAAAGAGCUGUCGCUUCCUCAGGCCUCCAGAGGGCACUGGGAAGUCACAGCUGCUGAGGGACGCCUCUGCUCCCCCGCCUAAGCCAUGCACCUCUGCGGGGGCAACGAGCUGCUGACCGGGACAGACUUUGAGGAGCAUCAAAGGCAGCUGAAGAAGAAGCAGAAGAACCGGGCAGCGGCCCAGCGAAGCCGGCAGAAGCACACAGACAAGGCAGACGCCCUGCACCAGCAGCACGAGUUUCUGGAGAAAGACAACCUCACCCUGCGGAAGGAGAUCCAGGCCCUGCAGGCCGAGCUGGCAUGGUGGAGCCAGACCCUGCACGUGCAUGAGCGCCUGUGCCCCAUGGAUUGUUCCCCCUGCUCAGCUCCAGGGCUUCCGGGUUGCUGGGACCAGGCUGAGGGGCUCCUGGGCCCCAGGCCAGAGGGACAACAUGGCUGCCCGGAGCAGCUGGAGCUGUUCCAGAGCCCAGACUCCUGCUCCCCAGCUCAGCCGCUCUCUCCAGGUCCACAUUCUCAUGAUUCACCUGGCCUCCUCCAGUCCCCUCUGCACUCACUGGCCCUUAGCCCCACUGUGGUUCCCAGACCUCCCAUCCAGCUGUCCCCCAGCCCUCUUCUGUUUUCUUCACACACUGGCUUCAGCCUGCUGGGGACUUCCUCUAAGCUCAGUGCCCUCCAGCCCAGCCCCAUGGCCCAAACUGCCCCUCCACAGCCCCUCGACCUGGAGCACCCCGCCAAAGAGAAGCUGGGGUCCUCUCCCGACAACCCUUCCUCUGCCCUGGGGCUUGCAUGUUUGCAGAGCAGAGAACACAAGCCUGCUCUCUCGGUGGCCGCUUGGCAAGGGCUGGGUGUCGAUCCCAGCUCUCACCCUCUCCUGGCCUUUCCUCUGCUCUCCUCUGCUCAAGUCCACUUCUAACCUGGUCCUUGGAGCUGGGUUGGCCCCUUCUUUGGGCUCAGGAAGCAUCCUUAACACACAGGCAUCUCCUCCCUUGCUACUGAGGGCUGCCCUGCGUGACUGACCAGCUGGUCCAGGGUUUCACAGUGGAAAAGGAAGCCAUCACUGAUGCCUCCCACUGUGACAGGCCCUGUCACCAUCAAUAUCUUGUUUCAACCUUACAGUUGACCUGAAAAACUGCAAUUAUCACUCCACUUUUUCAGAUGAGGAAACACAGCCUCAGGGAAGCCAAAUGACAAAUCCAAGGUCACAAAAUCUUUCCUGGGGCCUGAAGCACCACCCUCUGCUCCUCCUCCUCCUAUCCUGGCCCAGGCAGACUAGCGGCUGAAAUCCUGGAAACUGAGGGCUGAUGUGAGAAGGUUUGUGUGCUGGGAGCAGGACAGGGCUCUCCCUGCUGCUUCGUAAUUCCAGGGCCAGAGCCCUGCAGGCCCAGCAACCCCGACCCAGCUGGGGCAGGUCCAGUGCGAGCAAGGGCCAAACAGAAGCUCUGAGGUGGACUCUUGCUUCCCCUUCCCCUAGAAGUGUUUUCAGUGCCAAGAAGCUGAACCUGGCCAGGGGCAGUGGCUCAUGCCUGUAACCCCAGCACUUUGGGAGGCUGAUGCCGGUGGAUCACCUGAGGU